AUAUAUGAAAAAAAGAGAAACAAUAAAAACACAUACUGUCGAGUAAAAUCAUCAGCUUCUCUCCACUCUCGACUCUCUCUAAUUUCCUACCGGUGAGCAGCUCCGUUUGAGCUUAGAUUGGCGGCGGAAGGAGAAAAAUCGAUGGCGGCGCUACAGUAUUUGGAGACCCUGCGGAAUGCGCACCCGGAGCUCUCUGAGUGGUACAACGCGCUUUCAGAUCUGUACCAGAGGAAGCUAUGGCACCAGCUCACUCUCAAGCUCGAACAGUUUGUCGCCCUCGCUCUAUUUCAGGCUGGGGAUGCUCUAAUCCAGCUGUACAACAAUUUCAUAAGUGAGUUUGAGACAAAGAUCAAUCUUCUCAAGCUCGCUCAUUUCGCCGUCAUAGUUUCUAGACAGUAUUCGGAGAAAGAGGCCGCUAUAAACUACCUUGAAGGAGUGAUUGAAAAGCUUCGAAAUACCAGAGAAUCACGCAUUGAGGAGCCAAUACUUUAUAUUAAAAUGCAGAUUGGUCUAUCCAAGCUCGAGCAGGGAGAUCAAAAGGAAUGCAAAAAACUUUUGGAUGCGGGAAAGAGUACGCUUGACAGCAUGACCGACAUUGAUCCAUCCGUGUAUGCCAGCUACUAUUGGGUUUCAUCUCAGUAUCAUAAAUCCCGUCAAGAAUUUGCAGAAUUCUACAGAAGUGGUCUCCUUUAUUUAGCUUACACUUCUGUAGAGUCUCUAUCAGAACCAUUUAAGCUGGAUUUGGCAUUUGAUUUGUCUCUCUCAGCCUUGUUGGGGGACAACAUCUACAACUUUGGCGAACUUCUUGCCCAUCUGAUUGUAAGUACUUCUACAGCGGUUCUGAUAAAAAGCCUUUUGGGGACUAAACUCGAGUGGCUUUACUAUAUUCUUGAAGCUUUCAAUACUGGUGAUUUAGGUCGCUAUCAAGAACUAUGUCGUGUACAUGGAGCUGCUUUGAGUACCCAACCAGCAUUAGUCCAGAAUGAGAAAAAGCUUGUUGAGAAGAUCAACAUUCUGUGCUUGAUGGAGAUUAUAUUCAGCCGGCCGGCAGAGGAUAGGACAAUCCCGUUAAGUAUCAUUGCUGAGCAAACGAAACUUACUGUAGAAGAUGUCGAGUAUCUUCUCAUGAAGAGCCUUUCAGUGCAUCUGAUAGAGGGAAUCAUUGACCAAGUCGAGGGUACGGUUUAUGUGUCGUGGGUACAACCUCGGGUUUUAGGAAUACCACAGAUCAAGUCGUUAUGUGACAAGCUGGACAAUUGGGUGGACAAGGUGCAUACUGCUUUGUUGUCGGUCGAGGCUGAAACACCCGAUUUAGUUGCAGCUUAAUUCUGUCUGGUCUUUUGUUUUGUCCCUUUUGAUAUCCGAUGAGGGAGAAACCGUAGUUUUGAAUUACUUUGGUCACGUAUGUGGUUCUUCUCUUCCAAUGCUCGUGUUUUUUGCCUGGUGUUUCUUUUUUCUUUUUUUUUUUUUGGAAGUANAUUAUGUUUCAAUGUUAGCUAGCAUACAAUUCUUGUAUUAGUAAUACCUAUUACUUUAUGUUACUAGAAUUUUUCUGUUCUGAAGUUUGUGGUCUAUAAUGUUAAUACAGGAAUUUCUCAGCAGAAAGCUAAUGUUAUCUUAUACGUUCAUUCU